AUGACGACCAACGCCCAUGAAAACAACCCGGGCCCACAAGACACCAAAGAGCACCUUAGCCAAUUCACUCACCCAUGGAUCCUCACCCCCAGACGAAGAAUAGUCAAAACGACAUCGAUCAACUUAAACCUCACUCUUGGAAAAAGAAACGGCUACGGCACUGGCACUGGCAACGCGUCGUUAGUUGGCCAUGCCGACAGACGAGCACCACCAGAGCUCGUCAAAGGAACAAAAUCCCCAUCGGACAUAUCAAUAGCGGAGGUGGUUGACGUUGCACAGGGCGUGCGUUGGGCGUUCCGAGACGCAGCCGAGAUCACCGAGCCGUCCCCAAUCAUUGAUGGAAACGACCCGAAGCAGUGA